GGAUCCCAGCCUGCGAUGGCACCGAAGUUGGGAAUAUCAAAUUCUGACACCUGCACAAGUAAUCCAGCAUGUAUCCGAGGCUCGCCGAGACUAACAGCGGAUCACUUCGUUGGUCUUGGCAGACAGACAGCAGUCCAUCUAUACACAUCCAUGGUCGGAGUUGUAGUCAACAUCAACAAAAUGGCCGAGAGACGCAAACCUGCGACUAACGACGACAAAUCUCUAGAAACGGACAGGCAGUUUCUGGAACGCACACAUAUAAAUGUCCUUCUUCGGGAAUUGCUUGGAAAAAUAAUUGCAAAUCGACCAGAAGAUCCAGUGGUAUUUCUUGCUGACUUCUUUCAGUCUCAGCUUGCGGAGCACCAGAGUUCCCAGUCUCAAGUGCAGAGGGCCGUUAAGUUACUGUGCAUGACACAUCACAGUCAGCCUGUCUUUGAGCUCAAUGUCCGAGAGGCUUAUGAUUUGCUUAUGAAGCAGAAAAUAAACAAGAAUCUACGAGGCAUAAAUGGUACACUUUACACAGAACUUCUUUGGGAAUUGUGCAGGACUCUACCAUCUUCUGUGGCAAUGAGACUGAUGAAAAAGUUGGAAUGCUAUGACCACGAAGCUGUGACAUUCAAUGUCUUCAAGUCCUCUGUAUUCACAUGCUGCAUAUUUAGAGAGUUUGUAAACAUUGCAGAAAAGUUGUUUGCCUCACUAGAUAUCCAUAAAAAUGGGAAACCUGAUAACGUUUUGUGUGAAGCAGUAAUAGGCCAGCUGAAGGUUGCUCUGGGGAGUUCUUCCAGUGAUGUGAAAAGGAUUAUAGAGUCCAGCUAUAACGUGGGUCCUGAAGUCUUACACCAGGCUUUAGAAAGGGCUUUUGCCACCAGCAAAGUACAUGGGUUUUACAACAGUGAGCAGUUUGUUGCAGAGGCAUGUGAAACAUUUUUAAGCAAGGUGAAAAAAUUACAGUAACUGCGUGGUGCACUACAAAUCUGCAAUGCACAGAGAGAAGGAUUCUGUUGAGCACUGACAUGGGCUUGGACAUGGCAUUUAUCGUGUCAGUCUAAAGAAGAUCACAAUGCUGAAGAGGUGAAUUCUGCAUGUGGCACACUUUCUCAGAAUGUGUGAAAAUAGUGUCGCGUGUGCUGACUCCUCUGAACAUUAAAAACAGUUUUGAAAGCAGCCCCUUCCUUCUGGGAUUGCAGGACCUGAAGCUGUGAACAAGAGGGAGUAGGGAAAGAGAGGGGGGAACCUGACUGAACAAUGAGUAAAAAAGGGAGACUUCAUCUGAUCCACAGGAGCCAGGCUUGCUGGGAAUUUUGAUGAGUUUGGUUGUUGUUGAAGAAAGUGUUAAAAUGUGUUAACGUUCACUUUCAUUGCCAGGCACUUUGUCAACUGCGAAAAUAAACACUUGUAUGAGUGUGUGUUUUUUAACUGACAUUUGGCAUAGUAAUUUCUUUCUCACUGUUAGUUUUUUUUAUUUACAUGUGUUUUUUGAUGUUUUAUGUUAUGCAGGACAAGGCAAGCAAUCUAUUAGAAAAUGCAAUGUAUCAUUUAUUAAACAGUAAUCAAAUGCUCAUCAUGGCACCUACCUCAAUGAAAUCCUCAGUUGGCACACUUUGGCAAAUGUACAAAUAUGAGUACCUUUUGGUUUGCACAAUGAAUUGCCAGUGUACAAUGAGUUAACAGUGUGAAGGUCAGACUUUACAAACAAGGCCAUAUAUGUUAAUCAUCAUUUUAUUCCUUUACGCUCCCAGUGAAGCAUAGGGCCGCAACUAUAUAUGUUAAUAGCCUCUUUGUUUUAUCAAACAUGAACAAGGCUGCUGCUGCUGUUAGAAUGAUGGGUUAUACAAUUUUCAUUUGGAAAUGAAAAAUAAAGCUGUUUUGAUGUCAUGUGUAA